AUGAUGUAAUAGAAAAUUUGCUUUGACAGUUAAGAAGAUUUUUUAAACUCUUCUUUAUCCAAUCAUACUGAUCUAGAAAUUUACCUUAGAUAAAGUUUUGAUUUAAAAAGAAAUUUCAAUGCUUAAAGUUUAUUCUCAGCUUUAUCAAAAUGCAUAUAACUCAAAAACUUGGCUAUGUAGAUAAGUAAUUAGGCAAUUUCUGUAUCUGAUUCAUCAGAUUUAGGCUCUGCAAUAGCAAACUGUACUAAUAUCUCUACUUUAAUCCUUUUAAUAGAUGGCUGUAGAAUAGGCUAUGAAAGCAUGAGAGGUUUUGCAUCCGGUCUAUCAAAAUGCUUUAAUCUGCAAACUUUAGGAAUUGACCUAUAGAAUAAUGACUUCGGAGUCGAAGGAUACUUAGAUUUAACUUCUGCUUUAUCAAAAUUAUCUAAUCUUACUGAACUUGGUCUUGUGCUUAAUGGAAUUGAUGAUAAAGGUUUUAUAAGCUUAGUCUCUGGUUUAGUAAAUUGCACUAAUCUUAAAGCGUUAGCUCUCGAAAUAGGAAGAAAUGCAAUUUAAAGUGAAGGAGCUUCAACUCUAGGAUCUGUAUUACCGAAAUUAACUAAACUAUAAAUCUUAUAAAUUGUUAUAGGUAAUUAUCAUUAUAUUGAGUAUAAUGGGUAUUCUAAUUUGUUAGAUAGUUUAUCUUAGUGCAAUCAACUCAAUAAUUUAACACUAGGCAUAAAAUACAAACGGGUUGUUGAGAAUGAAGAUCAAAGGAAGAAGAUAUUAAUGAAAUUUAUGAAAAUAAAGAAAUUAGUUAAUUUAUAAUUUCAUUGA